GCACGGCCACGAUGCGGUCGUCUGUGGCGAUGCCCAAGGGGCCUGACCGUGAUAGCAUUACAGAUACAUGGGAGUACCUCGCUGGUGGUAUCACCAAGAUCAUGGACGAUCUUCAGAAAGGCAUGACUAUGGACGAUUACAUGGGAAUUUACACUGCUGUUCACAACUUCUGCACAUCGCAGAAGGCUCAUCCCCUCACCUCCAGCACGCCUUCAGCUGGCAUCGGCCAGGGUCAUCACAGGGGCGCCCACCUGCUUGGUGAAGACCUGUAUAAAAAGCUCCUGGACUACCUGGAGCAGCACCUCAAGGUACUUCUGGAUAGAGCUGAGCAGCACACAGAUGAGGCCCUCCUCACUUAUUACAUCAAGGAGUGGGAGCGAUACACCAACGCCGGAAAGUACGUCCACCACCUGUUCCGAUACCUGAACCGUCACUGGGUCAAACGUGAGAUGGACGAGGGCAAGAAGAAUAUAUACGAUGUGUACACCAUGCAUCUGGUGCAAUGGCGGGCGGUGUUGUUCGAGAAGAUCGACAAGAAGGUCAUGGCGGCGGUGCUGAAGCUGGUUGAGAAGCAACGAAACGGCGAGACUAUCGAGCACGGUCAGAUCAAGCAAGUCGUCGACUCCUUCGUUGCCCUUGGUCUUGACCCGUCCGACCCCAGCAAGACUACGCUUGACUGCUACAGGUAUCACUUCGAGAAGCCAUUCCUCGAGGCGACCAGACUGUUCUAUCAGACCGAGAGCACGCAGUUCCUGGCCGAGAACAGCGUUGUCGAGUAUAUGAAGAAGGCUGUCGCUCGCCUAGACGAGGAGGAGGAGCGCGUCAAGCUCUAUUUACAUCCCGACAUCGCCAUCUCUUUGAAGGCAUGUUGUAAUGACGCUCUCAUCAAGGACCACCAGAACCUGCUUCGCGAUGAGUUCCAGCUCCUAUUGGAGAAUGAUCGAGAAGAGGACAUGGCUCGUAUGUACGACCUGCUAUCGCGAAUCCCGAACGGCCUGGAUCCUCUGCGCGCCCGAUUCGAAGCCCACGUCCGUAAGGCGGGGUUGGCAGCGGUUGCCAAGGUUGCGCAAGAUGCUGAGAAGCUCGAGCCCAAGGUCUACGUCGAUGCUCUUCUGGAGAUUCACUCACAGUACCAAGGUCUGGUCAAGCGGGCGUUCAAUGACGAGCCUGAAUUUACGAGAUCACUCGACAAUGCCUGCAGAGAGUUUGUCAACCGCAACGACAUGUGCAAGUCUGGAUCCAAUAAGUCUCCCGAGCUCCUCGCCAAGUAUACCGACGUGCUGUUGCGCAAGAGCGGUACUGGCGUCGAGGAGUCUCAGCUGGAGGAGACUCUGUCACAGAUCAUGACUGUCUUCAAGUACAUUGAGGACAAGGACGUCUUCCAGAAAUUCUACUCUCGCAUGCUGGCCCGGCGCCUCGUUCACAGCAAUUCCAGCAGUGACGAUGCCGAGACAUCCAUGAUCAGCAAGCUGAAGGAGGCCUGCGGUUUUGAGUAUACCAACAAGCUGCAGCGCAUGUUCCAGGACAUGCAGAUUUCAAAGGAUCUCAACACCGGCUUCAAGGAGCACACCAAUGCCCUUGACGAGGGCUCCCUGUUGGACUCCCAAUACUUCAUUCUAGGCACUGGCUUCUGGCCUUUGAACCCGCCCUCGACGACGUACAACCCGCCCACGGAGAUCGGCGCCGAUCUGGAGCGGUUCACGAGGUUCUACAAGCACAAGCACGAAGGUCGCAAACUCACGUGGCUGUGGCAGCUGUGCAAAGGUGAGCUGAAGGCCAACUACUGCAAGAACAGCAAGACGCCCUACACCUUCCAAGUCUCACUGUAUCAAAUGGCUGUGCUGCUUCUCUUCAACGAGACCGACAAGAACACGUACGAGGAUAUCGCUGAGGCCACACAAAUGAACUCGGAGACACUGGACCCUGCUCUGGGCAUACUCCUGAAGGCGAAGGUUCUCACUAUGUCACCCGAGGGCGACAAGCCAGGCCCUGGCAAGACGUUCAGCCUCAACUAUAACUUCAAGAGCAAGAAGAUUCGUGUCAAUCUUAACCUCGGCACGAAGACGGAGGCGAAGCAGGAGGAGGUUGAGACCAACAAGACGAUCGAGGAGGACCGUAAACUCUUACUCCAGUCCGCUAUCGUUCGUAUCAUGAAGGCGCGAAAGAAGAUGAAGCACCAGCAGCUGGUGAGCGAGACCAUCAACCAGAUCCGCCAGCGUUUUGUUCCUAAGGUGGCGGAUAUCAAGAAGUGCAUCGAGAUCCUUCUUGACAAGGAGUACCUUGAGCGUCUUGAUGACGAUGAGCUUGGCUACCUAGCAUAGGUGGGCCAGUUCAUGUCAAUAUUUUUUUUUGGACUUGAUUGAUGUGUAUGAGUACAUGACAUGCUCUACCCCUCAGCCUCUAUACUCAUCAUAGGCUUGACAUUGCCUGCCUCCCACAGUGACUCGGGGUCUUGCCAUUUGGUCAAGUGGUCAUGAUGGGAAUGAUCUAGAUCUGUUUGCAUGGGUUGCUUUGACUGGUUUGAUGCAUGAAAGGGCGCAUCGUCAAGGCAUACCACGUUGUUGUCAGCCUCCACGAAUAAAGGCUAAGGAAAUGAGUUCGCCAGGAGAGCUAGGUGCAAGAAUACCAGGUGCGUUCACACGGAAGAUCAAGGGCUUUUUUUAGUUUGGCCAGCAGAUGGGAGUGAAAAGAUGUCCAAUGAUGUGGACAGGCUCACUCCGCCUCACAAAGAGCCUACCAGAAUAGAAUGGGCCAGGUAGCAUAGGUCUGAUGGAAGGAAUUAAAGAACAUUUUUGCAG